UGAUGUCAUUAGCUGCAGCGGUAUAUUCAUUCUUUCCCGUUCUUUUAUCAUUGCGUGGCACAAAUGGCAUGAAACGGCACGCGUAUUGCUAGACACAGACGAGUUUGAUGUCUCAAAUUUGUUCUACAUUUGCACGUGAUUUUUUGCGCAUAUAAACAUCUCACGCACGUAUCGUCGCUCGGUGUGAGUUGAUACGAUCACGACCAAUACAUACGCGAGCUCGGUAAGCUCGUGUAAACCAACGGAGCCACGCUAUUCUACGUGUUUCACGCGUUCUCUCGCAUUUUUUACUCGUAGAUCGAUUCGUACGCCGCGUCGUGCCGCUUGUACCGCACGUUGCGCCGCGUCAAGUCGUCCGCCACGAAUAAUCGCGUGAGCCGGACGAAAUAGCGACAGAAGGUGGAGAGGACGAAGCUUGGCCAUCUUGGAAAAAGACAUGUCGUUUUGGGAUAAACGUCAACGGCACAGUGUUUACCGUAUGAUAAAUGCUGCUCUCGCUGCCUCGCUGUAAUUACGGUAGCGGUUGACCGAUUAUUAGCGAAGGGAGUGUCACGUUGCAGAGCAUUGGUGACACGGUGGCGUAUCUGACACGCGGACGCACUCCGAAGUGGUGGUGGCUCGUCGUAGUACCUGCAUCGUACGAUGAAUCGCGGUGACGGGCUGGUGCAGCGACGGCGUGUAGUCAACAGCAGUAGCGGUGGCGGAGGCGCCAGUGGACUCGGCCAGGAUGGCUCGAACACAGACCCCGCCGGUCACAAUGACAAACUGUCCGGCCAAAGCCCGGACACCGAUUGCUCGUCGCAGAAGGAUCUUAACUGCAAUCCUACCAUCGACGAGGAUUCCGACAAGGAAACACGUCUGACUCUUAUGGAGGAGGUCCUGCUGCUUGGUUUGAAGGAUAAAGAGGGAUACACAUCCUUUUGGAAUGACUGCAUAAGUUCUGGAUUGAGGGGUUGUAUCUUAGCGGAGCUUGGUUUUCGGGGUAGAGUGGAAUUGGAAAAAGCUGGUAUGCGUAAGAAGAGUUUGCUAACGAGAAAACUUCUCUUGAAAAAUGAUGCACCUACUGGUGAUGUAUUAUUAGAUGAAGCUUUGAAACACUUAAAAGACACAGAUCCACCUGAGACUGUGCCAAGUUGGAUAGAAUAUCUCAGUGGAGAAACUUGGAACCCCUUAAAAUUAAGAUAUCAAUUGAAAAAUGUCAGAGAACGACUGGCAAAAAAUCUUGUUGAAAAAGGUGUCUUAACUACAGAGAAACAAAAUUUCUUACUGUUUGAUAUGACAACUCAUCCUCUUACUGAUAAUCUUGCCAAAAGUCGUCUCGUGAAAAAGAUCCAAGAAGCUGUAUUAGGUCGUUGGGUCAAUGAUGCUGCUCGCAUGGAUAGACGAACAUUAGCAUUAGUUAUUCUAGCUCACGCAGCUGACGUAUUAGAAAAUGCAUUUGCACCAUUAUCAGACGACGAUUACGAAGUAGCAAUGCGAAGAGUACGAACAUUGUUAGAUCUUGAUUUUGAGGCGGAAGCCGCUAAGCGAAAUGCGAACCCGGUACUUUGGGCUGUAUUUGCUGCAUUCACCAAGUAACAUCCAUUUCGUACAUUACAUUAAUAUGGAAUAAAUACCAGACACUAGUGUGAAUAAUGAAAUUACAAAUUUUGCAUGUCUUUUAGUUGCAAUACUAUGCAAAAUAGAUACAAUUGUUGUUAUAUGAUGAGAACAUUCAGACCAAAUAAUCUAUAUUCCACCACAGAAAAUUGUUAGCAAAUUACUCAUUUUCAUUAUUAUUAUUUCAUACAUUUGAUAACUGAAUAACGAAUGUUCGUAUUUAAAUAUUAUUAAGCAACAAAUCCAGACGUGUGAAUGCGCUGGGUUAUUUUGUGCUGGGUAAUACUUUCAUGCUCGAAAAUGGACAAUUCUAUUGUGCUGAACUUGAUUCUCCACUUUUGCUUAGUGUCCACUGUGUUUAUGAAUGUGUCUAUUUAUAAACAUCAUGCCGGAUAUGGGAUGCACUAUGUGGAGUGCCUCAAAAAGGAUGCUGGGUGGUAAUGUUGAAAAAUCUGGAUUAUAUGAUUUUAGCCAUAAUUGAGAUAUAUCAAUAUGUACAUAUAUUCCUUUAAAUGCUAGUUUUUAAUACAUAAUGUAUACAUGUGCCUCUUUACGUUAUAUAUGACUCCGUUAUAUUCGCAAAUUAUUUUGAUUUAAUCGUGCCCUCUUAUACAUUUUUAAUUUAAUUAAUUUUACAUUCGCACUUUCAGAGGUUUUCAGAUAUUUUUAGAACUAUUAAUUAUAUUUUUUUUUCAAUCGUUAUGUGAAUAAUACUAAUAGAUAAGAUUUUACAUAUGACGGACCUUGUGGAUGAAACACCAUACUCUUGGCUUGGUCCAUAAUUUUAUGUGCACAUACGUAUGUAAUAUACCGCCGAUUGAAGAUAUCAAUAAACAAGAAACAAACAACA